UUCAGCAAAAUGAAACGUCAAAUCGUCAAAACUCAAAACAAUAUUACUAAUUUUGAUUUUUGAAAUACAUGUGUUUUCGUUUGUAUUCAGCGAACAUAAAAUAAAUUAUUCCUUUUCAAUUUAAUACCUCAUAUAUUCACUACAGUGCAAAAAUCAAUAACUUUCGAAACUAGUUCACAACAUUGUUAUUUUGGGUAUACUAUUUUUGUCCGCUCUACAUUUAGUGCAUUGAUAUAAUUUUGACAUCUAGGAAAAGAAUGAGUUCCUGCAGGUUUGAACCAAGCACGGCAUUAUUGUAAUGGUGAUAAUGUCGUGUGUUGGAAUGGGCGAUGUUGCAUUACGCGAGCGCCUGCCCGCCCUCUGGCGGCGGAUAGAGGACGCGCACUACAGCUACCUUGAGAUGGACGAUAGUCCUGAGAAGUUGCAGCAAAAGAAGAAACUACAGGGAUACAUAACAGAAUACCUGUCGCUCGUGCCACAUGAGUGUAAAUUUGGCCUCUCCGAGACUGGAAAGGUGUUCCAACGUACAAUCAAUGAAUUGCCCGAUUAUAGUGCAUACAGAGCUGGUAUAGGAUGGGCGGCUGUGGCUAGGUAUGCUGGAAAUCUACUCGCCCAACCUUGGAGGAAGGAGUAUAAGGUUAUACGGCUGUACUCGGGCUUCUACAAGCACGAGGUGGAAGCGAACCUGGCGGGCGCCGAGGUGCUGCUGCACGCGCUGGGCUACCGCGCGGCGGGCGCGGGCCGCCUCGCGCUGGACGGGCCCGCGUGCCCCGACACCGCCGCCGCGCUCUCGCGGGACGCGCUCGUGGCGCAGUGCGAGUGCCAGAUAAUGUCCCAAAUAUGGGAGGCCGUGUGGGGCAGUGGUGGUCGCGUCUCGUGGGGUGAGAUCGCGAGGGACCGGGCUUCUUUCCCGUCCGAUAUCAGUACCGCUGCAACGAGGCUUAUAGGAUAUGCAGAAGAAGCUGAAAUCUAUUCGAACAUUCCCACACAAUCAGAUCCACGACGAACGUUGGACAACAACUACUCUCUACAGUGUAAUUGUCCCGAAAUAGAGGAACCCAUACAACCCCUUAUCCAUCCUUACAUGAUGCAAAACAUGAUCCCGCAGAUGAUGUAUCCGCCGACCGACAUGUCCAUGCAAGUGCCGCAAUGUAACCCGGUCCCAAUUAUGGCCCCAUACAUGCCCUAUUACUACCCCGUACAGGCGCCAUACAUGAUACCGACACCGGUUUACGCGCCAAUAAAACACGCGACAAAUGUCCCGGUCAACGGGUACCCACCACAGUACAGGCUACCCGCAGUACCCUCAGUACCAACGGCACAACUGAUAGAACUGGACUACGAGAAGGACGUGGAGCGAAACGACAAGAGGCGGCACAGGCACGAGUCGAAGAAAAGCGCUUCCAAAACAACGUAUAGUGACGUAUCGUUACCGAGCUUUCCACGGUCGGACACACAACCGACAUUGAGUAAGGCGAAAGAGGACGGCAUGGGGACGUAUGAAAGCUGGGAUUACGUCUUCAGGAAUCUAUCUAGUAAGCAUCAAGAAGGAGAUAGUAGGAGUGGGUUUUCUCAGUCUCUAGAUAGAGAUUCAAGAACGCUAGAUAGAUUGGACAGAGAAGAGAAGAGAUCGAAAUACCAACCAACUACGCUUGAUUUAGAAGAUGGGUUACAAGCUUUGAAUCUCGACAGAUCGUACGACGAAGAAAUGUACCGCACUGCUAAAGUUAACGAGAAUCUAAUGAGGCUAAAACAAGAACAAGAGAAGAAGAGAGCGAAGAGACAGAUAGAAGAAAGGAGAGUCAAGAAGACGGAAUCGAUUGGAAAUCCAAAAGCUGAUGGUCUAGUCACACAGAAAGUCGCUCCAGACAAAGUGAAAUUACUAACGAAAAAGGAAAUUAAGGACAGAAAAGAGGUUAUAAAGCAGACUAACGGUCAAGUAAGCGAAGAGAAGAGAUUGAAAAAGAAGGAGAAAGAAGAAGUAAGGAAACCGGUGAAGGUGGUGGUCGCUGAAAUGGAUAGGUCCAAGAAACCGGUGGAAAAUGGAGUGCACAAGGCGCACAGCUCCAAAAGUGUACCUGGCUCUAGCAGCCAACCGUACGAUCUCAAAGCGCAACUUAUAGUGUCGCUAGACGAACCGGACUCGCGGAAACAGAACGGCGAACGCGUCACGCCGGACCGGCAAACGGAUCAAACGGAGCAAACGCAUCAAACAAGCCAAACGAGGAACAAGUGGCAAUGCGGCACGUGCACGUAUCUGAACAGGGACAGCUUGCAGGCGUGCGAAAUGUGCGGUAAGUCGAAAAGGGGCCCGGAAAUCGAGCCCUUGACCUCGGGCGGGAGGGAAUGCCCCGCGUGCACUUUGGUCAAUAAGCGGGAAGCGAGGGCCUGUGAUGCGUGCGGCACGAGUUUGGAACACUGUCCCACUUAUAUUUAAAUGAUCGAUGAUUUCGAGGAGUUGGGGGUAACUUUAAUUUUGAGGGUAGUUUGAUUUUUUCAUACUGUAUUCUUCUGUCAUAUGGAUUUAUGUGGCAGAACAAUAUGCUAUACUGGGCGAGAUAUUUGUUUGGUUUCAAUAUAUAAUUUGGCAAAUCUAUAUGAAUCCUAGGACAAAGUUCACUUAACUCCCCCAAUUUCUAAUUACCAUUUCGUCAAUAUUUAGUACAGGAGUUUCGUCAAACUCACAUUAACUAUUUUUAUUUAGGUAGUGAUUCCUUUUGUAACAGUUUCAGAUACCUCAAAAUCUCAUUUUCUUGUUGGGUAUUAAUAGAUAUCAUAAAUUAUUUUGUGUACAGGUCAAUUAAAUAUUUUAUCCUUGUAGGUCAUAUAUUUGAAGGCUAUAUUAUAUUGCUAUAUCCAUGCUAUUCAUAAUUGAUAUAUUAAAAUAUUUAUUCAAUUUGUUUUUCGUGGUCCGCAACACAAAUUACACCUUAUGCUCUGUUUUUAAAGUUUACUUUUAAAUAAUAUAGACAAAUUUAAUCGAUUUGUGUUAGAUUUUCUAUUCUACCUAGAUCUGUUUUGAUCCUAUAUGAGUCAAGACUUUAAAUGAUAAGGACUACCUUUUAAUAAAGGUCUAGUUUUUUAUUCAGUCAUAUCGAAAAAUAUAUAACUAAAUAACAAUUUUAUGGCUACGUUCUAAACUAAAUGAGACGCAAUUUCGAAAUGCAUUUUAUACUUAGAUCGUAGACCUAGCUGAACUUUAUUUUAACUUCUGUUUCGCUCAGACAAUAGGGAAUGUUAAUGAGCUAGAGUAGGACGGUGUUAUCGUGUAUUUAUUAGUAUUGCAUUCGAUUUUUAUGCGAGUUUUGAAUAAAUGUGUAUUGGGAAUGUUUCCAUAUUCAAAUCAAAUUUUUAUUUAUAAACAGUUGUGUCCAUUGUGUUUUUACUUUUUUUAAGAUUUUUUCUAUGCAGCUGACGAAGAGUGUUUUUUUUAUGGGAAUGUUAUAUUCAUUUUUUUCAUUGUUUUUAUCUAUGAAAUACUAUCGAACUUCUUAGAUGUUUAUAUGAACAUAAUAAUAUGUAUUAACACUACGCGGCAUUAUUUAAAAUUGAGGUUAUUUUUUCUGGGCGUCCUUUGUAUCAAAAAUGUAUCGAACAUUUAAGAUUUAUUUUCUUUUUGAGAUAUUUCAUCUUUAUUUAUUUUAAAAUAAAUAAGCUUUUGUAACAUAACUUUUCUUUACACAAAAAAGCUUUGGCGUAUGUAAUUUUGAUGGCUUCUUUUUAGAGAUAAUGGCGCCCAUGAGCUGGCGUUUGUAUUAUUAAUUUAUUAGUAAAAGUCAUGUUGCAUUUAUCAUAAUUGUGUUGAAUUUUUUUGUUGAAUUGUCAAAAAACUGAAAUAUGUAUUUACUAAUUAUGAUUAAAGUUUACGAUACGAAGUCGAAAUGUUAUAAAUAGGUAUUAUAUUUUGAAUCAAAAUUUUAUGGUGUUUAUUGGUUAAAAAUAUAUUUUUAUGUAUGUAUGAUCCCUUCGUUAGAUAUUAAUUUUGUUGUUCAAUCAAAGUGUUUAUUGUUAUUUAUUGUAUAAAUUAUUUUAACUCGCUUGUGACAGGGUAAUGACUGUUUAGGAUAUGUAGUGAUAUGUGGAUGGUAACAACGUUUUUUAUUGGUUCUUAGUCUAUUUUUUAACCGAUUUAAAAAAAAGGAGGUUUUCAAUCGACUGUAUUUUCUUUGGCUUAUUACCUGGCUUGUGCUGAUUGUGACGAUUCUUUUUUUAUUUGAAAGGUGUUCCUGUAAAGGUGUUCCCGUUUAAGUGAAAGUGCUUCCCGUGUGAUUUCAUUUCAUUUGGUCCAAUCCUGACAAUUUCUUUUCUUCUGCUUUAUUAAUAUUUAAAUUUUUAUUUUUUUAUUUUAAAUUUUUUUUUAUUGUAUUAGUCUGUCUGUCUGAAAUUUGAGCUCUGUCUCUCCCUUAUGUACUAGAAAUUGGCGGAGUCCCUAUUUAUUGGGUGGAUCCAUUAAUUAAGAGAAGAAGAAGAAAGGUCUAAAAGAUCUAUAGUUAAUCUUAUGUAAUCGUCUUUUUUAUUUAAAAUAAUACGAUUAAUAAGCGAAAAUUGGUAUCCGUUUUUUCUUUAAUGCGUUGUUGCCAUCUGAGUUUGUAUUUCAAAAUUAAAAUCUCUUACUAAUAAAAUUGGAACGAUUUGUAUUCUGUCUCCCUGAGAACGAAAGAGACAAAACACAUAUCGUAUCACAGAUUAGAAAUGUUAGUAAGGCCCUAAUAAUAGUGUUCGUUUAUCGCCUUCUAAAAUGCUUUAAUGUUAGAAUAGUUUUGCCUUUUAUUUUAAAACGUGUAUAAACAUAUUGAUCUGUAAAUAAUGUUAGUGUAAAUAUUAGAUA